GAAAGUGCGGAGCUGUCGUCGUCUCGUUAACACCAGUCUGGAGGAUUUUAGAGAGCGCAUGUAUGCAAACCCGGUGUUACGAACAACUCCGCAGGGUCAACUCCUCAUGGGGCAGACCAAGGAGGCCAACCGGAGUGAGAUUGUGGUGGCGGGCAGGGCCAGGCCUAAGGGGGAGGUUCUGGCCGAGGCCACCGCCUUUGUGAGGCAGAGUGAAGGAGACCCUGGGGACCACUUCCUCGUUCUGGCUCACUGCAAGAUCCAGUUCGGGAAGUACCAGGGUCAGAGGUUCUGGUGGCUGCUGGAGAACUCACUGGGGCACGCAGUGUUCCUGGUCAGCAGCAUAAAGGGAGAGGAGGAAAAGGACAAUCCGCUGUCGGCCAAUAAGCACCUGUUUCUCCAGUACAUGUCCCAGAUCAGGGAGAUACGGGAGGCUCUGGACGUGUACGUCAGAAAACAGGCCAUGUUGCAGGAGGCGCAGAGGACCAGCGACAGCGGAUGUCUCAUGGUGGAGUUUGGUGACUUCAAGGGCAAGUCUAUGAAGGAGGUGUUUGAGGACCCGAGCAAGGAGGCCCAGGCCCUCAUCACCUACCUGAGGAAGGCAAAGCCCCGGCCCAACACCAACAUGGCCGUCUUCAAGGCCUAUGUACUGAAGAGGACGGCAUCAGCUGCAGCCCACAUGCACAUCACCACUUAACCCACUGCUGCUGCUGCUUCAGUGCCCACUGCCACUGUGUCUGCUCCACCACCUGCUCCUCCAGUGCCCACCUCCGCAGCUGCCUCCACCUCUGCAGCCACGGUGUCUGCUGCACGGCCACAGCUGGCUGCCAGUGUGAAGGCCUUGUUAGCAUGUGGGAAGCAUUUAUCUGCUUCACAGCUGGCCCACAAAAUAUUAUCACCUGCCAAACCAUCUGCAGGCCACGUUGUCCCCCUCCAUCGGAGUCCACAGCGCGGAGACAACUCUUUACCUGUGAAACUGCAGCUGGAGAUUUUUUUGAGGAGAAGGAUGACCAGGAGUUGGUGCUUGUGGCCUCACAAGUUGAGGAACAACUUCUUCAAGGUAUGUAUAUCACAAACAAUUCUUUUUAUAAAAACUAUUCAGUGAUGAAAGUAUUUUUAAUGACACACAAUAUUCCUUUUCUUUAUAAUGCAGAUACGUGGCACUCAUCAAGUGUCUGUCUACGGUCACUCUUUGAGUGCACUUCUUCAAAGAGAAAUGGGUUUUAA